AUGGCGACUGAGAUCAAGAGCUUCUUGGGGUGCUACGAAGAUUUAUCGCGGCCUGAGGCAGCAUUAUUAUUGGCGGCAGAUGAAGAAAGACCUAGUCAAGUAUGUGGCGAGAUGUCUAAAUUGCAAGCAGUUGGGUUGCCGUGGACCUUGCAGAAGUUUGAUGCGGCUUGGAUCAUUGUUGACAGGUCACAUGUGUUAGAUUUCAGCACAAUUCAGUUAGAUGAGAGCCUGGAUUAUGAGAAGGAGCCAGUUGCCAUUGUUAAUAGGCAGGAUCUGAGGCAGGUGCAUCUGGCGAUUACGCCGGCGCGCAUCCUCGUUUUCCGCAGGCCUAGCGGUGGGUUGCUUCCUGAUCCGCGGUUGCUUGCGGCAGGUGGUUCUAGAGGCUGUGGCGGCAAAUUAUAUGGCGGGGGAGUUGGUGCCGGUGGAAGUUGUCUCUAUUUAGGAAGUAGUGGUACUGGAAAGGGUGGAGGAUUAUAUGGUGGUGGUGGUCAUGGCUCUGGUGGUGGAAGAAGUGGUGGUACUGGAUCUGGUGGAGGAUUGGUUGAAGGUGGUGGCAGUGGCUCAGGUGGUGGACACUAA